AUGGCCGCCGUGAUGACUGUCCCCCCUCUGGCCCCACGACCCUCGCCUCGUCCUCUCGCCGCCUGGUCCCCUCCCAAGCAUCCUGUCGACUCCAAGGAAUAUCGUCCUGCCCUGAAGCAACUCCAACAGACCUCUCCUCCUUCUCGUAGCAGACGAGAACGACCUUGUGACGGCUGCCGGAAACGCAAAAGCAAGUGUGUCCUGCAGGAAGACCGCCGCUGUGUGCUCUGCGAGUUUCACAAACAAGAGUGCACUUUCGUGGAGAACGCUCAGCCCAGGAAGCGCAAGGCCCAUGAGAGCACCACACAGCAAUCUCCUCCUUCAAAGAAGAGCACCCUUAUCCUUCAACGGCCUGCCACUGCUCCCACCGGCCCCUCCCGACCUACCACCAGAGAUUCGAAGCUGUCCUUCGCCUUGACGACUCCGACGACUCAGCUGUCGAUGAGGAAGCCAUUCGCCGUGGACAAGACGCUGAGCUUGCAGCGCCGCAGACAUUGCAAGUAUCUUGGCCAGACCACCGCCCUCGAUGCCUGUCUGAUUGGUCUCGGCUCCUUCAAUGACAAGAACGAGACCGAGUCGACGGUUGGUACCCUUCGCCAAGUCAAUUCCACCGAGUACUUUAGCACACAUGCGGACGCGGAUGUCCAAAUACCCGACGACGAAGCUCGUGCUUUAGCAGAAAUCGACCAAGUCAUUGGCUCGCAUGGUCCCGCUCUCGUCGACAUCUACUUCCGCAAUGUACACCCAAGCUACCCGAUCAUCCAGAAGCAAGCCUUCCUCGACCGACAUCAACAUGGAGAUCGACAAUUCAAUCCUCCGCUGUUGGCGGCAAUGUAUCUACUCGCCUUGAGCUGGUGGGAACAGGAUCCAUCCGUCUCCUCCCACCCGAAGCCCGACAUGGCCAGACUCGAAUACAUUGCCAUCACCAGCUUAACAAUCGCAAUGCAGCGACCCAAGAUGUCCGCCGUCCAAGCUGGGCUCCUCCUCCUACAACGACCAAAAUCGAGCAAGUGGACUCUCACUGUCCAACUUGUUGCUCUCGGUCAAGACAUUGGCCUUCACCUGGACUGCUCCGACUGGUACAUCCCACGAUGGGAGCGUCUGCUACGGAAACGCCUGGCAUGGGCUCUCUAUAUGCAAGACAAAUGGAGCGCAGUCAUGCACGGUCGCCCAUCCCACAUCAACGCCGCAGACUGGAACGUUUCCGAGCCAACAGAAGAAGACUUUGAUGAGAGUAUCUCCGAAUCCGCCACCUCGCAUCUAGACAACGAGACCGAAGAGGAGAGACAGGGUCGCAUGGUCUUCAUGCAAAUGAUCUCACUGACCUCCAUCAUGUCACAAGUCUGCGACACCUUCUACUCCGAAUCCGCCAAGGCCGCAGCGACUUCCACCCAACUCGUCCUCAACCGCGCCAAACCCGUACAGAUUAGAUUAAAAGACUGGUUCGCUCGCUUGCCGCCGGAAUGCAAAAUGGAUAAUACCACUUCGCAUCUGCAAGCAUAUCUGCACCUCGCCUACUUCGCGACCGAGAUUUCCAUCCAUCGACGAAUCGUCCAGUCUCUUGCUUCUGCCGGCGCAUCCGCUUCCGAGAGCUAUAUGCUCUACAUCUGCCGGUCCGCAGCCAAGACUCGCCUCAUCUCCGCCCUCGACUUCGUCAACCGUCUCAAGCCCGCUCACUUGCAAUCGUUCUGGUUCUUCGCGAGCGCUUCCAACUUCGCCCUCAUCGGCACGUUCGGCACCCUCCUCAUGGCCACCGCCCCAGGCAGGGAAGAGGCGGAAUUCUACGCAUGCAGACUCCGAGAAUUCGAAUGGACGCUGGGCGUCAGCUGCAAGAGAGCGCAAUGGAUUUCCGGCGCAGUCGGGAUCCUCGGGGCGAACUGGAGUCUGUUGAAAGGACUAGGGGACAAGCCGGAGACGUUUGGAGACGAGGGGAUGGGCCGGAUGAAUGAUAUCGUCGUCGGGAGUGAGAUGCAUCGUGGGUUGGGCAUGUUGAGCGGGGAGAUGAGCAUGGAUAUGGAUAUGGAUCUGGGGAGGGAGAGGGAGAGGGAGAGGGAGAGGGAGAGGGAUAUGGAUCAGGAGAGUUGGCAGUCCGGGGAGACGGGGACGAUGUCUCUUUGA